CUCUACCCGCCCAGCCCACCACCAGUACCAGCACCCCUCCUCCACUCUGAGCUCAGUCACUCACACACACUCUCUUUUCUCUCUCCUGCUGUGUGCCAGUCCCUCUCUCCCCCUCGACUUCCUCUAAGUGGCCACAGCUCCUCUCUUUUCUCUUAUCCUCUUUACAUCCCUCCACCACUCUCUUUCCUACUCCAGCUGUCGAGAGCAACCCGGCUCUGUCUGUUCGUCUUCACCUAUACGAGUUAAACGGAUCUCAGGCCGCUACUUUCACUAACUUUCCACUGAAGACUUUAUUUUCAUUCGUGACCUUUUUAUUUUUGGUCCUUCACCCUUCCCCUCUGGAGAGGCCGGUUGGUGUGUGUCUGGCGUGUGUGCAGCAGCGUGUGCGAGGGCUCUGGUGUCGUGCUCUGCCCCGAGGGAGCCCAUAAAGGUUGUGACUGGAGGAGAAAAGUUUUCACCACAAUGAAUGUUCAGCUGCUGCUUCUGUUGGCCCUGGUUGGCCCUUUCUGCGCCUUCACACAUGCAAGCCCCACAGAGAUCCCUUCACACCCUGAUGAUGAGAUCACUGAGAUUGUAGCAGACAUCAUCCCUGAGGCCACCGAGGCUCCAAAAGAGGACCUGACUGUUAUCACUGGUCCUCCUGCAACUGAACCAGCGGCGGCCCCUGAAGAAGUCGCAACAGAAGUGCCUGAAGAAGUCGCUACAGAAGAAGUCGCUACAGAAGUUGUCACCGAGGCAGCGCUUCCUGCCUUUACUGUCAAUACUGAAGAGGCUGUCGUCGAGACAGAAGCCCCUUCUGUUGCUGCUACCGUAGCAGCACCAGAACCCCUUAUCACUGACGCUCCUGUAGUGGAGACCGAAGCUCCCGAUGAGUCAACUGACGUAGAGGUCCAACCUGAGGUGACGGAAGCCGCCAAGACGGGUGAAGAUGUGGUCCUUGAAGACACAGUGGACGGCCUGAGUUCUGGCCAGGUCGUCGGCAUUGUGAUUGGCGCUCUGUUGGCUGUGGUCAUCCUCAUCGCCGUGGUGAUUGCUGUGGUGAGGAGGAUGGGAAAAUACUCGUCUGCCAAGAGCAAAAAACCUGCGAAAAAAGACAGCGUUAUGGUUUCUCCCUUGAGGAAAAAGUCUGCCAAGCAGCAGGAGCGCUCAAAGUUCUGGAAAUUCUGAACUACUGAACUGUGACGUCUUUUGCGAUCAUUAAAACAAGCGCGAUACCAGAACUAAACAAAUCUAACCAGGACUCUGGACUGUUGCCAAAAAAGAGGGGGAGGGAGGCUUGUGUGUUAAUGUAUGUUCUGUAUGAGUGUGAGACAAGAGGGGUAUAAGAGCAAACAUCCUCACCUCCCCCCCACUCCCCCCUACCUCCCUGACCCCCACAGGAGCCGCUGAUAUAAAAGGUUCUGUCCUCCCCUACUCCCUUGGAGCGAACAAAACACGCUGACAGCAGGAUGUCACAAAGAAUUUCAGGCCUUUUUAAAUGCAUUUUGUUAUUAUAAAAGAGUGAAAGAAAGGUAGGGGAUUAUCUGAUAUACUGUAUAUGGAUAAAAAAAAUAUCUCCUUUAAAGAAUGACUGAUUUAGAUUUGCAUGGACGUUUGAGAGGACACAAAAAAUUACAAAAUACUGACAAAACAAAAGGAAAUCAAAUACACAUGGAAGGUGGGAGCAGGAAAGAAAGCAGGAGAGAAUGUUACAAAUUCCACAUGAUGUACAGUAUAUACACAAUGCAAGGGGUCUGCAGUACAUAGUAUACAGCUCAUGAGUUUCUCAUAUGUUGUAGUCAGGGGCAUAGCACAAAAUUCUGGACCCUGUACACCGGCAUCCUCUAUGGGCCCCUCCCCACAUCCACAGCUAUUCAUUCUAGUAUCUCUGUGGGCCCCCUUCUCAUAUGAGGGCCCUGCAUACUCAGUCCCCUUUUCCCCCCAGUCCAACACCCCUGGUUGCAGUUGCAUAGGCUAGUGUUUUAUUAUGGAAUACACAGUACAUACAGAAAGCCUUAGGCUAUUGUUGUGGCUAACAGACCUUUAAAGCACCCCUGAGCACCAGUUAAAACAUUUUCUCAUGUAGCUAGUAUCCCUGGUCAGUGUAACACUUAUCAGUUCAAUUUUCUAAGCACAAACGGACAUUUGGAAAAACAGAAAAAUGGCUUCCAAUAUCCAAUUUUUCAUUUUUUGGGAGAAUACCAUUGCAGUAUUGAAUAAUUGGAGCUC